UCAUUUUACCAGAUUCAUAAAUUAAUAUUCUGGUGUUUCCAUAUUUUGAUAUUCAAAUUGAAUCUGUAUAUAAACUUUGUAUCUGUAAAUAUUGGAAGAAUCAUGCGCAAUAUAUUAAGUAUUUUUCUAUAUACAUGUGCAAUAAUUGUGCUUGUAAAUUCCGCACCUGCUCCCACUAAGAAGACUCCUCCACCUCCACCCGAGAAAAAUGAAGGCCCACAAGAAAUCGUGGAAGACAAAGAAGCAUCACCGAGCACUGGACUGUAUUACGAUCAAUAUCUCCAAAAAAUUGUAAAACUUCUCGAGAGCGAUGAAAGUUUCCGCAAAACAAUGGAGACUGCAAACUUCGAUGAUAUCAAGGAUGGUAAAUUAAGCACAGAAAUUUACAAAAUUCCACGAGAGAUUCGUGAUAAAUUGGAUAUGGCUAAAAAAGAAGAAAUCACAAGGUUACGAAAGAUUCUUCAUGCUAAAAUGGAAGUUGAAAAAGGUAGAAAAGUGAGCAACAGUGCCUACCUUAAACAAAUUGCAAACCAUUUAGAUGGAGCAAACCCUCAUAGUUUUGAAGCGCAAGAUUUAACAAAUUUGAUAAAAUCGGCUACCAAAGAUCUGGAAAAUUUCGAUGAAGAACGUCAUAAAGACUUUAAAAGAUAUGAAAUGAAUAAAGCAUUAAGGCGACAAGAAAAACUUCGUCAAAUGUCGGAGGAAGACAGAAAGAAAGCUGAACGAGAAUAUCAAGAAAUGAGGAAAAAACACGAAGAUCACCCAGAUAUGAAUCAUCCGGGAAGCAAAGCGCAAUUGGAUGAAAUUUGGAAAGAAAAAGACGGCUUAACUGACGAGCGUUUCGAGCCUCGUACUUUCUUCAAAAUGCAUGAUCUAAAUGGUGAUAAUUCUUUGGAUCCAAUGGAACUUGAAGCUCUUUUUGAGAAAGAUUUAGCAAAGGUUUACGAUUCUGCCAAUCCUGAAGAUGACAUGAUUGAAAUGGAAGCGGAACGUUCCAGAAUGAGACAACACGUUAUGACUGAAGUUGACUCAGAUAAAAAUGGUUUAAUAAGUUUAGAUGAAUUUAUGCGAUAUACAGAUAAACCAGAAUUUGAAAAACCAAAUGAAGAUUCAUAUAAAACUGUUGACCAAAUGAUUGAUGAUGAUGAUUUAUACUCAAAAGAAGAAAUGGAAGAAUAUAAGCAAAUGAUUGAAGAGCAAGAAGCUGACGUAAAAGAAAAAUUAAACGAAUUAAGAAAACAGGCUCAAACUGUCGUCGGCUUAAAGAGUGAAGUCUAUCAACAGGAACAAAGAGUGCACGAGAUGGGAGAUAAGGCACAAGAAUACCACCAUGCUGAAUUAGAAGAAAAGAAGGAACAGAUGAAGGAAGAAGAAAAAGUUCUGCAAGAAAUGCAUGAAGAUGUCAAGGAACAGAGCAGGGAAAUAUUGGAAAUGAAAGAAGAAUUGAGAAAGCAAGAAAUCGCUGUUGAAAAAUUGGAAGAACAAAGGGAACCUGGAUAUCUAGAACUCCAACGAAAAGCUCAACUCUCAGAAGGAGAUGAAGUCAAACAUAUGGAAAAACAAGAUAUCCCCCCACCCGAGCACAUGGAACCAGUACAUCAACAACAACAACAAGAGCAACAAUAUCAACAACAACAACAAGAUUUAGGACAACAACAUCAGCAGCCAGUGCAUCAAUAAUGUUACUAUUAGAGUUUAAAAAGAGUUUAUGAAAUGUUAUAUAUUUUGAGUUGCAGCAUUGUUGUAUGAAUGGAAGUUCUUUUUUAGAUAAUAUCUGAGCCAAUAACAUUGAGUUAUGUAUAAUAGUGACGUACUUGAUAGAGUAUGAAUAAAAUGGGGAAUCAUUGUCGCCAUGGUGAUGAUAUGAGAUUACAUUGUGUUUAAAACAUAUCAGAAUUUUUUUUUGUUUAUGUUGGUGUCAUGUUUUAUCCUGUUAUUUUUUGCUGACUUUGGGAGCUCGUUUUCACAAAUGGCCAGCCGUGUUUACGCAUGUGAACUAUGCUUGACUGAAUGUGAUAUGUUAUGUGUGUUUUUGUCUUCCCCCAUGUGCUUGUCUGCCUAUAUUAUGCAGGAAAUUUUGAUACAAAUUUAGAAAUUUACCAGUUGAAGCAGUAUACCUGUUAGAAGCAUGUCCUACUCGUAAAAAACAAGUGUUCCCAUUUUCAAAUUUAAAUCCAACCUAACAACUAUAAGUAGAUGACAGUUAUAUUUAAUCGCUCAGAAAUAAUUCAGUUUUAUCUUUAAAUCCUAAUUGUCGCUUGAAUACUAUUAUUCUUGAUAGAAUUUGAUAAAAAAGCAUUGUGUUAGACUUUUUUCUUAGGAAAUAUUUUUUUUGGUUGAUAUCCUUUUCUUUACAAUUUGUAGAUAGAAGAAGUUGUGUUUCAUAGCGAAUACCGAUUACACAAUCAUAUAAUUGUAAUAGAAAAACAGGGCAUUUUAUCAUUAUCAUGUUUUAUUUGUAGAAAAAAAAAAUGCUCUUAGGAGUCCAGAGUGGCAUACAAGAACUGUCUCCUAGGAUUUUAUCUCUCCAUUAUGGGUUCGUCAGAGGAUAGUUGAAUUUCGUAUAUAAAAUAGAACGCAAAUUACUAUUUGAGGUAUUUGGAUGAAAAAUUGAAUAUUUCAACUCUGAAAUUUUCAAAAACAGCUUUUUUGAAUUAUUGAAAACUGUAAAUUUUCCCAUUGUUUAAUUAUUUUGAAAAAUUCAUUGUGGUUUUUCAAUAAUAAUUGCACUUUAUUUUGGCAUACUGACCUUAUUACAUCAUUGUGUCACCUAAGUGACAUCAUUUUUGAUUGGGGGUCAGAAAUGGCUUAAACAAUUGUUAACCAUACAUCCUAGAAAUAUUUAAAAGUGCCCAUGUUGAAACUACACUUUCCCAUGCUGGAAAAAACUGUUACGCUUUGCAUUAUUCUAUUGUUGGUUAGUCUGAAUUGCACAAAUGAAUGAAGUGUUGCAGAUAUUUGAAAUAUAUUAAAAUGUUAUUGUCAAA